AUGAUACCAUAUUCAUGCAGAUAUCCUGAUUGCCAAAAGCGAUUUAGUUAGUCCAGCAAUCUGACCGCCCAUUUAAAGAAUCAUUAAAAUCCUGAUUACGCUGCAUCUGAAAGCGAAGAAGUUAUUGAUGAACUCGAAGAAGAAAUUGGUAAAGAUGAUGUUGAUUAAUGA